AUGUUGUCGAAGCAAGUAAAACGUAGUCUGCGUUUCAGUAAUAUCGGAUCUCCAUGGAUUGUAACACAAAUUGGAUGUAAAAAUUAUGGAACUCAAGCUGAAUUGAAUGAAAGCAAGCCUACAGAAUUCAAUUUAAAAAAUGCACGACCAAGUGAAGAAGUACCGGGUCCCAGCAAACUGGAGUUUGUACGUGGAUUUUUACCAGGAGGUCUCUUCUACAAAAAAGGCUUAAACGAUAUGAUUUUAAUUCUGUCCAAAAAAUAUGGUAAUUUAUAUCGAAUACCAGGAUUGUUUGGGAAUAAUACUACCUACGCAACACUUAAUCCCAAAGACUAUCCUGUAUUGUUUCGUAAUGAAGGCAAGUGGCCUAUACGUAGAGGUUUCAGUUGUAUAGAACAUCAUCGAAAAGUGCAUAGACCAGAAUUCUUUGAGGACGUAGAAGGAUUAACAACAUCUUCUGGUGAACAGUGGGCUAAAGUACGUACUGUAGUGAAUCCAAUACUCAUGCAACCAAAGAAUGCCAAACUCUACUUUAACACGUUGCUCGAUGUUAACUAUGAAUUUUUGGAGAGAAUACGUACUAUACGCGAUCCUAGCACACAGGAAAUGCCUGAUGACUUUGAGGAUGAUAUCAAUCGGUUGACACUAGAAUCAGUCGCUGCUGUGGCUAUGAACACACAAUUGGGUCUCAUUCAUAAGAAUCGUCAUACUGCAGAAUCGAAAACUAUUAUAGAGACAAUACGAAGCGUGUUUGAGUUGGCCUAUGAUUUGGAAAUACAACCACCAAUCUGGCGAUAUAUCAAAACACCACAAUAUAAAAAAAUGAUGAAGUCACUGGAUACAAUGCUGGACAUCUGUAAUAAAUAUAUCAGUGAAGCACUAAGCAGGAUUGAACACGAUGAAAGUGGAAAACUGACAACAGAAGCUGGUAAAGAGAAGAGUGUUUUGGAGAAAUUAGCAAAGAAAGACAAAAAAAUUGCUGUAGUCAUGGCGUUAGAUAUGAUGUUAGCUGGUGUGGAUACAACAAGCACCACAAUAACUAGUAUAUUGAUUUGCAUUGGUAAGAAUCCAGAAAAACAAGCUAAACUAUUGGCAGAGAUAAAACAGAUAUUACCGGAGAAGAGUUCUAAACUGACAAUCGAGAAAAUGAAUAAUCUGCCUUAUUUACGCGCCUGCAUUAAGGAAGCUAUGCGUCUAUAUCCUAUAGGACCAGGUACGCUGCGCGAAACUCCUUACGAGAUCGUAUUAAGUGGUUAUCGUAUACCAGCCGGUGUAGAUGUGGUCACAGUAGGAAAUUUACAAAUGUGUGAUGAAGAAUAUGUGCCACAUGCUAAAGAAUUCAUACCGGAACGUUGGUUGCGAGAUGAGCAGGCUGCUAAGUAUGCUGGAGAUACAGCUAAUUCGUUUAUGUAUUUACCCUUUGGUUAUGGGCCUCGCAGUUGUGUAGGAAAGCGCAUAGUCGACAUGGAACUUGAAAUCUCAAUUGCACAUUUGGUGCGGAAUUUCAAUAUUGAAUUCAAUUAUCCUAUAGAAAAUGCCUUCAGGCAAAAAUUCAUUAUGGUUCCUAAUAUACCAUUGAAAUUUAAAUUUGAAGAAAGAAACAAUUAAUGAAUAUGUUAUUAUGUGAUGUAAUGUUAACAAUGAU